AUGAUUAUCCAAACCGUAUCACUUAGAGAUCCGAACAAAUACUACCUCUCUUGCAGGUCUAGCGAUGGGAGUCUGGUGUUCGACAGGGUUGAUUUAGACCCCUCUUGCAAGUUCUUUAUGGUACCCGUGGGUUCCGGGAGAACCUGCUUAAAAGGUCCUAAUGGAAAGUUUGUCGACCUCCAUGGAGACAGGUUCCGUUGCGAUGGCAUCACAACCGGAGUAGGUUUUAUCUUCUCCGACACAACUCUCCAACUCGAUACUGGCAAAUAUCUCAGUAACGUUCUCAACAACAAUACAAUUACUGCCAACAGCUAUCCUACCAGUUUGGUAAUCAAGUCGACGUCGUUCGAAAGUUUCAGCGUGAGCACAUCACUAUCCGUCCCUGCGAUUACUUACAACGAGGAUGUGUCUAUUGAGUGCCGAUAUAGACCAAAAAGGAACUAUCUGGCCCUGAAGAAAUCCAGCGGAACUAUCGACAUUAUCUUCUCCAUUCCUUACUCGAUGGAUGGACAGAGGAACGGAACCGUGGAGGUGAUCUUGAAUCACAUGAGAGAUAAUAGUGCUGGAGGAGUCAUCGACAUUAAUCUGAAUGGCCAGCCACUCAUCAAAAGGCAUGCCUCUGCUACUACGUUCCAGACAGAGAAUGUAUGCUGUUUGUCACUACCUGCGCUGUCCGGAGAGAACAGACUGUCCAUCUCGCUGUCCAAAGGCUUUUUAGGGACCUACUGCUUCUCUGAUGCUGCUUUGGUGUUCAAAGAUAACAAUGGAUACUUGAAGCAAGAGAAUUCCGUGCGGGAGUGGGGAACGUCUAUCGAUAUUUACCUUAACGGAAUCAAUAUCGAAGACCGAUACGACGACAUCCCGACCGACUCAUUUGGUACAUCCUCCUUCCCCAUCCACAGUUCCCAACUGAAAAGGAGCAACGAGUUUGUCAUAAAGCCCAACGGCGGAAAAUAUUAUAUCUCUGAUGUCAACCUCGAUGUGGUUUCCCUCCUUCCGGAGGUAAAGGAAGAAAACUUCAAGACUUACCUUAAGGAUUGGAUUCUCCACCAGAGAAAGAAUAUUGGAGAGCUCAACAAGAUCCCUCGGGGGGAUUUAUCAGCCUGGAACUUCGUUAAAGAAGCGCCUUACUGGUUCUUCAUCCCAUUUCUCCCCGUCUCACCGGAAGAGAUUAGCGUGCUCUUCGACUACUACAACAUGAUGUUUGUUUCCGUAGCCUUCGAGAUUAGGGAUCUCAACAACGAGGCUAGAGACUUUCAUAGGGAGCUCAUCAGCACUGAUCUCCCCAGAAAAAAUGCUCUCAGGCAUGCGUAUUGGACUGCUAUGCUAUCCAGACGAUUCGGCAAGUAUUUCGCCCUGGAUCUCUCAACGGCCCAUGAGGAGGCUCAUGUUGAUUUGACGAUCGAAGGCCCCUUCGAUCAUGUCACCGAUAAGAUCAACAACGCCGUGGGAUCCCUCAUAGGUUCGAGGACUCCUAGAUCCAAGGAUCUCCGAGAUGUAAUAGAUGCAGCUUGGGCGAACAGAGAGCUUGCGUAUGCGAAAGACUUCAGAGAGACUGCUUCUGGACAGACUGCUCAGGUGUUUUGGCAGAAUGCGUUGGAUAUGAUGGCGAUGAAGUAUAAUGUAAAGCCGAGGUUUAGUCAGUCGGAGAAGAAUACCUUGGUAAGGAUGAAGGUGGUGGAGCCGGAUGUUCCCAUUAUCCACUAG